UAAUCUGCCCAAACGCCGCUUCUGUUUUCUUUGCUUUCAGCAACUGUCGAUAUAGCAGAACCCUGCAUCCUGCCGUACCUACUGGUACAUAUUUGCUGUUGCAGCCACAAAACGCAAGUGGCGUUCGAGCAGCUGACACUUCUGUCAAAUAAGAAUGAAUAUUGGAUAUUAAUUUUCUGACGAAUGAUAGUACGGUGACUAAUUCUCAUUUGGAUUAAAUUACAAAAAAUUGUAACUCUCCUAAUUAGGUAUCUACUUUACUAUCAAUUUGAUACUUAAGUCAAAUUAUCUCAUGUACGUAUCAUAUGCGUCAUUACAAUGCGAAAGGUUUAUUAUUGAUCAUUCAAAUUUCAUAUUUUGAAACACUUAUAAUCUUACAGAUAAACCUGAUACCAUCGAAAAGUAAGAAUCGUUAUUCAAUUGCUUUUCUUGAAUCCGUUAAACAUUUUUUUUUAUUUUAAUCUUAUAAAAAGACUAAGAUCGAUCUUAUCAUAUAGAAGCAUUUGUAUAGGUGGGCAUUAUCCGGGCUGUUUAAACCGCACUUGGGGAUUCUUAUCAUUCCAGAGCCGCUUAUCGGACACUUUAACUUGGACCAUUGUCCACAUUUCUAUAUCAGUUAUGUAGCCCGACGUAACUGACGUCUGUCUUGUUGACGAUGAUGUUUUCACUUAUUACAUUUGCACUGCGAAAACCUGGAGUGUGUAAGUGGCAUAAAGUUGACAGCUAAAGGCCCAUUCACACAUGUCCACACAUCUUUACAGUAUCUGGAAGCAACAGUUGGAGGGGAGAAGAACUUGCAAGUCGUACGGACAUGCGUAAGAUACGUCGGUACAGUCGAACCGACUGAACGUAGUCGCAGCGAAACUACGUCGAGCGUGGGUCGUGCGCGCUUAUCGAAUAGUGAUUCGCUAGAGAAGCAGAUUAUCUGAAAAGAAAUAAAAAUAAGAACAAAGAAUAUCAAGAAGAAUGGAAAUAUCGAUAAAAGCAUAGAAUCAAAUAAAAUUUAAUAAAAAAUUAUUUUUGAUCAAAGAUACAAAAUUUCGCAAAGCUGAAAAAAAGGCGACUGGACGGAGUUUCAAUAUGAACGUUACAAGAGACAUAGAAAAGUUUGUCUAUAUACAAUCAAACACGUUAUCGUGGGCAAAGACUCUAGCAUUAUUUUGAAAAUGUUUGUCUUCAACAAAUUUAAUUUGAAUUUACCGCGUUCUUUUCGUCUGCGUCUGACACUUGUUUUCUGAGCAGAACUAUUUUCCCUUUUUAAAUAGCAUAUACGCUACGUGCUAUAUGUAUCCGCCUAUCUUCCUAUAAUCAACGGAAACUGUUUUUCGAAAAGUUUUUAUCACAUGAACGUAGCUGUGGUAGCGCAAUAUAAUCUUCAGGGACGAAAAAAAAAAACUGAUCGAGUGGAUUUGAGUGACUAAGUGAAAAACUAAGAAAUAAGUAAUAACUGUAACACUAUCUUGAGAUUGUAUCAGCAAUAAUCACACAGUACUAAGUUUAAUCAGCGGACUCAUGCCCUUUUCGAAUAAGAAGCAACUCAAAUCAAUAAGAUCGUCAUGUAGCCUCAUAUAAGGAAAACAAUAAAUCCUGGUAUUAAUGAACACCGGACGGCUGUAGUGGAUGAAGGAGAACAUUUUUUUUUUUAAGAACUACAAAAGACCUCAUGGCGGGACACGACGAUCCUGACUUCACCAGUCCUCUUCUGCAAGAUCAGAUGCUCUGGAAGGAGGAGCUGCGAUGUCGCAGUGAAAAUACAACGCGUGAGGGAUGGUGUCCUGUCGUCUGGGAUGGUAUCCUGUGCUGGCCAUCUACUAUUCCUGGUGACACAGCAUCCGCAUUCUGUCCUUUUUAUAUCGCAGGAUUCGACACACAAGCAAAUGCCACGAAACAUUGUAUGCCUAAUGGACAAUGGUACUUCAGGGAAGACCUUAAUACAACCUGGACAAAUUUUACCCAAUGCUACAGGCAGCCAUACGCCACUGUUUUAAUGGAUCUUUCUGGGGAUGUUCAGUCUGAUAACACUACCAUGAUCGCGCAAUUUCUACCAGUUGUAAAGACUAUAUCGAAGGUUGGCUACACUGUCUCCUUGUCAACCCUUAUAGUAGCCUUCUGUAUUCUAGCGACUAUCAAGAAGUUGCGAUGUCCGAGGAACAUACUGCACAUGCACCUCUUUGCAUCCUUCAUGACCCGGGCCUUCAUGGCGCUUAUGAAGGACGUUGUCCUAGUCAUCGGAGUUGGAUUAGCCUCCGACGUCCUUGUAAAGGAUGGCGAGACCUACUGGCUCGGUGAUGACGUCGAGAGCAACUGGCAGUGUAAAGCGUUCACCAGCUUGUGGCAGUACUUCAUCCUGGCAAAUUAUUCCUGGAUCCUCAUGGAAGGACUGUACCUUCAUAACUUGGUAUUUCUCGCCCUCUUCACGGACUCCAACUCCAGUAUAGCCGGUUACGUGGUGCUCGGAUGGGGCCUACCUGCCAUUUUUGUCCUACCUUGGGUCGCCAUGAGAGCAGCCCUUGAUGAUACUUACUGUUGGACGACCAAUAAAAAUCCCUUUCUAUUUUUGAUUAUUCGGGUACCCACAAUGUUAUCCAUCUUGAUCAAUUUUGUACUCUUUGUUAAUAUUGUCAGAGUACUCUUGUCGAAAUUGAAAUUGACGGUGUCUGAGGAGACUCAAAGAUACAAGAGAUGGGCCAGGAGUACUCUGGUACUAGUACCUUUAUUCGGAGUACAUUAUACGGUUUUUCUUGGGAUGUCUUACAGCAUUGGAGUCAACAAAACAGUCGAGAUCGUAUGGCUUUUCUGUGAUCAAUUCUUCGCCUCCUUUCAAGGAUUUUUCGUCGCUGUACUUUAUUGCUUCCUGAACGGGGAAGUAAGGGCGGAAGUUACGAGAGCUUGGCGAAGUAGAAAGUGGCCACGUUUACGUAGUGGACGCUGGGGUCAACGGCCUUCUACGCAUUCCUGCAGCACGUGCAGCUGCAAUGCAACGAAAUUGAGUAGAGAAUCAAAGCAUCCAAAGUGGUGGACAGAACCUUGGAUCUGUUUCUGUCGUAAUCGUGAUACUCAUCGUUCGACUCACUCCAUGGCGAGUACACAAGAUGUUGGAACGCGCGGGUGUAGUUUAGCAAGUAGCAGAGGUUAUCUGGAGGUCGUUGGAACAGGCCCCCUUAUCAAUACCGGAAGUCAAAGUUCGACCGCUACGAAUCAUGCUUCUCCGCUUUGCAGCAAAUAUACAGAUCAGUCUUUGCUCUCGUUUUGUUCAAACAUGUCCGAAAUGUAUGUUUGCCCAGCCGGCACUGACAGAAAUGAAAGAAUUCGAGAACAGCAUCGCUGGAGUGACUCGGAAUGCUGUCAUCUUGCUUAUGAACUUCACAGUCUACAGCAACACACACCCUUGGAUCGUUAAUGACAUUUUAAUUUAUGUGAAAUCGAUUUUCAACAUACUUGCUGUUGGCUGCCGCUGUGUUUUAUAGGCCAAAGAUGAAGCGAACUAAUAGCAACUUUUACCGGAAACGUACGAUGUGCCAUUUUUUUAAUUGACAUGUUUCACGAGUCUUUUUUUAAUGAAAACUUUCAGUAUCUUUAAAGGUAAUCGCUAUUAAUCAAGAAUACCAAAGACCUUUUAGUGUACUUUAACGUGGAAUUAUUUUUAGGUACGCCUGAUUUCACUUAAUGGUUAAGAAUACCACAGUACUAAAAUAAUAUUUCGUAAAUUUUUAUUCUCCUGAAAUGAAAAUACAAUACUAUGCACGUGCAUAUUUUAACUUAUGUUCAAUGUGCUGGUAUAAGAGAGUACUGUAUUUUCAAUACGUGGACAUUUUAAGUGAAUAAUGUUUUAGAGUUUCGUUUCAAUUGUGUGCGGUACAUUCGGGUAUCAGACCAUUAGAUGAAAUCACGGGUACCUUUAUUAUUGAUCUAAGAGGGAAUCCCGAGGGUUAAGGAGUCAAAGUUUCUAAUUAAAUUUACCAUCGGUAAUUAAUUGUGAAAACAAAACUAAUUACGAAUUCGUACAAAACACGGAACGGAUCGAUAGUUUCUUUCUUUCGAUGUGAAUGCAUUUUCUAAGAAAUUAAAUUGAAGACGCGAACUGUUAUGAUAAGUUAAAAUAUAGAAUACUCUAUCGGUAAGAAGCGUUGUAUGAUAUUACGUAAGAUACAAAAAGCGCGCGUUCUUUGAAUGGCUUUAUUAGUUCUGUAUUUUUGAAUCGUUAAAAAGAGGGACAGCAUUUUAAGAUUAGGCUGACGAUCAGGUAUUUUUAAAAUAGGAUACAACGUAGGAUUAUAUUUUUAAGUGGGGAAUUACAUACGUACAAAUAUUGCGUUACGCAAUUUUAAUAGAAUAUGUGCAUAAAAGAUAUUUACAGACAGUAUCGACUUAAUUUUCAGCGAAUUUCUUAUUUUAAGUCAAAGAAUAAAUGUAUGAUGUUAAGUGUAUGAUAAUUCGGAAUUAUCAUUGAUUAUUCGUACUUUGAACAGUCAUGGAUUUUAAGGAAGAACAAAGAUAUAGUUACGUAAGAUGGAGCAUCUAAAUGAUAUACCUUGACAGCUCUCUAUGUAUGUUAAUUAAUUUAUGCUAUCUACUCUAUGUUUAGUUUAAAUAAGUGCAAAGAGCAACGAUGAACUGUGAAAUAAAAUCAUGUGAACUGUA